UCUUCCUUUCUGGUGCAACAAAUAGAAGUUGGAGAGAGAAACUCACUCCCACUAAAUUAAAACUCACUUUUAGAGAGAGAGAGAAAACCAUAAGCAAAAUAUAUUAAUUUGUUUGGUAUAGUGGUGAUGAUCUCAGUAGGAGGAGGAGGAGGACUGGAGGAGUAUUUGGGGUUUUGCACUCUCUCUCUAUCUCUGGUCUUGAAGAGGUUGUGAGGUUAAUUUCUCUCUUAUAGCAUUAAUUUUAUCUGUGCUCGGAUGAGGAUCAGGAAAAGACAGGUACCGCUCCCUCUCUCGUCUCUCUCUCCUCUGCCACUCUCAGAUCCCCACUACUUUAGACCCUCACCGGGGGUGCAACUUCAACCGCACAACCAAGUCCAACCACAUGGAAUCCUUUCACGACUGGGUGCUACAAGUACCCAGUCCGGUGCUCCACCUUCUGAUCACUCAAAUCAACCCAUCGGACGCCGCGAUUCUCCCGAUGCUGCUGGUGGGGCACAAGAAAAGAAGAAGAAGAUCGAUUGUAUGACGACGUUAUUGUUGAAGGAAGAUGAGAGAGGUGGAGAGGAAGAUACGAGUCAUGAUUUCAGGAAGGGAAGUUCCUCAUCAGCUGCAUAUAUGGCUACUGUAGAUCUUGCACAAACAUACUCUAGUGAAGCUGUAGGGAGUUGGUGCGAGGGGGAGAAAGCAUUUCCACUGAAGAAAAGGAGAGGAAGCUUUGACAGGCCGACCAUGAACAAAGAAGAAACGAUAAUGGAGAAGAACAAGAAGAUGAAAACCAAAAUGAAGACAAAGAUGAACAAGAAACCAUGCGUGAAGCCGAGUGAGAAUGGCCAAGAAGACGAAGACCAAAAUGAUCAAGAAGAAAAGAAAAGAAAAGAGGGUGCUAAAAAGAGGGGUCGAGGUGCCGGUGAACUAAUGGAAGGAUCAAGGUGCAGUCGAGUGAACGGGAGGGGAUGGAGGUGUUGUCAACAAACACUUGUGGGUUACUCCUUGUGUGAGCAUCACUUGGGUAAGGGAAGGCUACGAAGCAUGAACAGCGUUCGAAGCCGAUCCGUGGCUGCCACUACUAGUACUAUUUCUCCACCACAGAAUGCUGUACCUGCUGCCGCAAUAUCGAUCCCUUCAUCGGAAAGAGAAGAAGAACAUAAUGAAGAUGAGAAGAAGCCAUCAUUGAUGGGUACAAGGAAAAGGGUGAAGCUUGGCAUGGUGAAAGCUCGAUCCAUAAGCAGCUUGCUGGGCGAGAAUAUUAACGACAUUGCUGCAACAUCGACUAUGGCUGAUAAAGAUCAGAAUGAUGUAGUAAACAAUGAAGGUGCAGUAUUUAAUUAAGAACAUUUGAUGUGCUUGUGUGUAAGAAAAAUUAAGGUUUGAGGUUAAUGGAGUUGAUUGUUUGAUUUCUGAA